CCUCGCGGGGAUAAAAAAAAACAAGACACGAGAGAAUAUAAAACAAGAGGUUUUUUUUUCUGCCAUUUUAAUUUUUUGCCCCUUUUUUUUAAUUACCCCACAUACAAAAAAAUGAACCGUCUUCUUGUCCAAAAAUCUGUUCAAUCCAACGGCAUUCUCCGUCGUCUUUAUAGUUCGCACAAGGAAAUCAAAUUCGGUGUUGAAGGUCGUGCCUCUCUUUUACGUGGUGUUGAUAUUCUUGCCAAGGCAGUGGCUGUCACAUUAGGACCCAAGGGCCGUAAUGUAUUGAUUGAACAAGCUUACGGAUCCCCCAAGAUCACCAAGGAUGGUGUUACCGUGGCCAAAUCCAUUGUUUUACAAGACAAGUUUGAAAACUUGGGUGCUCGUCUCGUGCAAGAUGUCGCCAACAAGACCAACGAAGCUGCUGGUGACGGUACCACAACUGCCACUGUUUUAACGCGUGCCAUUUUCACUGAAGGUGUCAAGAACGUCGCUGCUGGUUGCAACCCCAUGGAUCUUCGUCGUGGUGCUACCAUGGCCGUCGAUGCCGUGGUCAAGUUCUUGCAAGAACACAGUAAAGUCAUUACUUCCCCUCAAGAAAUUGCUCAAGUAGCCACUAUCUCUGCCAAUGGUGAUAAGCAUGUAGGUAACAUGAUUGCUCAAGCCAUGGAGCGUGUUGGUAAGGAAGGUGUGAUUACAGUAAAGGCUGGUAAGACCCUCGAGGAUGAAUUGGAGGUAACUGAAGGUAUGCGUUUCGACCGUGGUUUCAUCUCUCCUUAUUUCAUCACCGAUACAAAGACCGGUCGUGUUGAAUUUGAAAAGCCCUUGAUCUUGUUGUCCGAAAAGAAGAUCUCUCUCUUGCAAGAUAUCUUGCCUGCUCUCGAGGCUUCUGCCACUCAACGUCGUCCCCUCUUGAUUGUGGCCGAGGAUUUGGAUGGUGAGGCUCUUGCUGCCUGUAUCUUGAACAAGCUUCGUGGUCAAUUGCAAGUAGCUGCUGUUAAAGCUCCUGGAUUUGGUGAUAACCGUAGAAACAUCUUGGGCGAUCUCGGUGUCUUGACCCACUCUACCGUCUUUUCUGAUGAUUUGGAUAUCAAGCUUGAAAAUGCUCAACCCGAGUUAUUCGGUACCACUGGCUCUGUCAGCAUCACCAAGGAAGAUACAAUCUUUUUGAACGGUGCAGGUAGCAAGGAAAACAUUAACCAACGUUGUGAGCAAAUCCGUGGUGCCAUGUCUGAUGCUAGCACAUCGGACUAUGAAAAGGAGAAACUUCAGGAACGUCUUGCCAAGCUCUCUGGUGGUGUUGCCGUGAUCAAGGUGGGAGGAUCCUCGGAGGUUGAGGUAGGCGAAAAGAAGGAUCGUUUUGAUGAUGCACUCUGUGCCACUCGUGCUGCUGUGGAAGAAGGUAUUGUUCCCGGUGGAGGUGUUGCACUUUUAAAGGCAGCCAAGUCCUUGGAGUCCUUAAAGGGAGCAAAUUUCGAUCAACAAUUGGGUAUUAAUAUUAUCCGUCAAGCGAUCCAAGGCCCUUGUCGUACAAUUGUUGAUAAUGCUGGAGGUGAAGGAUCUGUUGUUGCAGGUAAAUUAACAGAAGAUCACCCAGAGAACGUCAACUGGGGUUAUGAUGCUGCUACCAACGAAUACUGUGAUAUGAUUGAGCGUGGUAUUAUUGAUCCUACCAAGGUUGUUCGUACUGCUUUAAUUGAUGCGUCUGGUGUUGCAUCUCUUUUGACUACCACUGAAUGCAUGAUUACGGAUGCUCCUGCUCCUGCUGGUGGAGCUGCUGGUGGUAUGCCUGGUAUGGGUGGUAUGGGAGGAAUGGGAGGAAUGAUGUAAAUGUGAAACCAAUAUAUGUAAUAAAAGAAGACUAUACUACAAUAUUAUUCUUGUUUACGUGUGCUGACUCUUAAUCACGAUUUUACUGCAUUGUCCAAUAACUUAUCUCGAUUUAACAACUGAAACAAUGUCAUCAGCAUGAAAAAUGUUUAAAAAAAGAUCUCAUCUACAAGGGGAGUUUAGAAAUAAUAAAGGAACCCCCUGCCCAUUUUUAUGUUGAUUUUUUUUUAUCUUAC